AUGCUGGCAGUUGUCGAGGCCACUUUCCUUCGAGACUCUCUGGUCUUCAUGCUGGGUGUCACUAGCUACUGGUAUCUAGGGGCUAUUUCAACUCUUCUCUGGUGUAACCCAGAUGGCACUAACAGCGCUUGUCAACCGGGAGACAGAAAACGAUGGUUAGGCAUAUGCAUACGGGGUACUGUCUUGAGUCUCUCGAUCGUGCACGUUGUGCUCGAUGGUUCCGAUACCCUCACUAUCCGACAAUUUUCGGGAAGGCUGGUGGCCGCCAGGCAGAGUCUACGGUUCACUAAUCUCGGAAGAGACAGCCAGGAUAGGUAG